UUGUACUCGUUGAGAAGACAAACUGGCACGAUGACGACUAUGGGUGUCACGGUGUUUUGCAACCGGGUGCAGAUAAACGGGGGUGAUCAGGAGCAGCUGAUGCUGUUGCGGACGCUGCAGGACAACGAGACGAACAUUUUGAGCAACCAGCCGCAUCUGAUAGUUCCAAAAACUACCAGCGCGUCGAGUGCCAGCGUUUUGCCGCCUUACGAUCCCUCGCGGCUGAAAAAGCACGGAAAGAACGGACAACCACCGCCGGUUGCGGUUGCGCGGAGAAACGCGCGGGAAAGAAACCGCGUCAAGCAAGUCAAUAACGGCUUCGCCACCCUUAGGCAACACAUUCCUGGACACAUUGCCGCCGGCUAUGGGGACCGAGGAAAAAAACUGUCCAAGGUUGAGACCCUCCGUAUGGCCGUCGAGUACAUCAGGGGGCUGCAGCGGCUUCUCGCCGAGGCCGACGGCCUCGAGUAUGACCCAAACGCUGGCAUGGGGCAAAACGUACCAUCGCCGACCAGCAGCGUCAUCUCCUCGAGCCAUAACGGCUCUGGCGAACGACUCGUCCUCGAUGACGACGCCGAUGACGAGGACGUCAAGCCCCCACCCUGCUUGAGGUUGUCGCCGAUGGUGGGAUCGCCGGAAUUCUACCCAGCGUCGGUCGGAGACGAGGAGAACCUCGAGCCCUUGGACGCGACGAGGGUGCUGACCCAUGGGAACCAGGUGUUUUCUCGUCUCUCGCCGACCCCCGCACCUUCGCCCUGCGAGUACUACACCCAGAACGAGGAGAACGUCGAACCUCGAGCCCCACUCUCGCCGUAUAGCGGGGGUGACAGCGAGGAGGGUGGCACCGUCUACGCAGCCAGCCCUGAGGUCUUCUCCGGGGCUCUUUAUUACAAACAAGAACUUCCCGGCACCAGCGAUGUGAUGGACGUUGUUAGCUGGUGGGAACAGGAACAGGGACGGCUCAAUCAACACACGCAGCAUCUGACGCAUGCGUGAAUUAUUCCCUUAAGAUGUCGCGUCGCCGAUCUUAUGUUCAACACCUGGGGUCGGACAUUUUUCAUGAUCGAAAUGCGAGAAGGUGCCGGAAAGAAUCCACGAUCUCAAAAAACUUUUGUCCACCAAAAUGCUCUAAUGUUAUUAUUAUUAUUUUCUUUGAAACCACAGGACGUAUGUUCUAACCGCACACAUAAUACAAAACAGUGUUGAGAGAAUUACGGCAUGCAAUCACCAUCUCACAACACGCAUUGGCGAUUAGAAAGUGAAACAAUGCAGGCAAAAAAAAAAAAAAAAAAACAACAACAACAAAAAAUCGUUUUAUUUAUCAUUUAUAUAUUUUAUUUUCAUAUAAGUUCAGUAUUAUAUCCAAAGGCAACAAUUGAUGUAAAUAUUCCGUGAUACUUGGAGUUAGUACUUAUCCGUUACUCAGCAUCGUCCAUAAAAACCAUUCUAAACGAAUAUUAAUACCAAACCGAAAAGUAUAGACUCGUCUGAUUCUUUGAAGAG